CCAGCUUCCAACAUGGCCACUGAAUACGGUCACGUGACGGGCGGGAACUUUGAAUCGGAUGUCAAUCCGGAAGUGGAUGUGAAGAGAACCGGCAGGGGAUCGUCACAGAAUGGCCGGCAGAGGUGUUCAGGGAGGAGUGCAGCGCACGUACAGUCGCCUGAACCCCGUGCGGAGGGUACAGCCUCGCAGCUGCUUUUCUCCUGGAGAGUCAAAGAAUAACCUCUUCUCCAGCUCAUCGUCCCUCCUGUCAUCGCCAUGCGAGCCGUCAUCCUCCGGGGACUCGGACUUCGUACCCUCCAGACGGAAGACGAGAAUCGCUGCUAACAUCGGGAAGAAAUGUCACGGGCCCCAGAAACGCGCAGGAGCCAAAAGGAGGAAGAAAUCCUCUGCCUCCCAGACAAGAGCGCGAGGGAAACCCAGAACCGACGGAGAGGACAAGGAGGAUGGACCCCCGGAAAGGAAGCCAAUGCCGUCUCUUGAGUUGUCUACGCCGUUCAGAAGGUUUGUGACAGUCCGACGGAAAGCGCCUGGUCAGAGUAAAGCAUUGCAGGGGAAGCUCGUUCCUCCAUCCCCUGACUCCAGUGGGGACUUCCAGAUGUAUGUUCCGGUGCUACGUAACAAGCGGAGGCUGAGUUCACGUUUCAGUAGUAUCCUCAGCUCACCAGGAGACGCUCUUCACAGUCCUCUCCAGAAGCCUCCGCUGCUCUCGAGUACUCCAUCAAUGCCUUUGAUACUACGGCCAAAGUGCGGCUCGACGUUUGAAAGGCAGCCCACCUUGUGCAAUCCCUUGGAGGAAAGCGUGGUUUUGAGUUGUGUCGAGUAUCCUUGUAAGGUGGAGACAAAAGGGUUGGGGUUUUUGGAGAGGACGUCACAAUGCGUGGACCCAGAAACCAGUCCUUUGCACCAUACAAAUAGCGUACGGAGAUCCAGAAGCACCUCGGCCGUUGCCGGAGACCAGCAUUGCUGCAGUCAGAAGAUGAGGUCUGAAUCCUCAGCCCAGGAAUCGGAUCCAUCAGAUAAAUCCACAUCCGAGGUGAACAAUGUGAGACACGAGGAUAGCCUGAAACCAACAGCAUCUUCCGCUCCAUGUUCCUGCUCGUCUUUUUCUCUCAUUUUACUCUCCUCCACUGACUCCCAGUCUGUCGUCUGCAUUGAUGGGGACCAGAGCAAACAGGCCCAGUCUGGAGACCGUGAAAGUGAAUUUGAUGCCACGUCUGAGCUGUUUUCUGCCUCAGACCUUAAUGUUUCAUUGCAAAGAAAUCUGUCCAAAGAUGACUCCACAGUAGACGAGACUCAGAGCGUUGCUGAACUGUGCAUGACAGCAGCGCUCAGGGUGGGCAGUCCAGAUAGUCAGGCUGGGCGCCCCCUCGUCAUGCACCCUACUGAUCUCUCUAAAGACACAUGGACCUGUAGCCAACUGGACACCAAAAGUGUAAAGCAUUUGCAGCCAUUUGUAAGACUGGACUCCGAGUCAGUGACUAAAUAUUUCAAAAACAUAGCUCCCAUAUUAAGUCUGACAAAUGACGAGAGGAAUAAGGGGCAGCGUCAGUCAGAGAAUAGCAUUCUGCCGGAUGAAAACCUGUGUCUGGAGAAAAUGCAGCCCGUCGUCCUUCUGGACCCAAGCUCAGUGGCCAGGAAUUCUCUCUGUAAAGUUGAUGAGGCCGCAGAUCCCGGUAUCAGGAAAGCUGACAUGGGGUCUCCAGCCCUGCCUGGGAAUGCAUGUCCAGGUAUUCGCACGAUGGCCAGGACCCCUGAUCUCACUGCUUCUCAGGUGCAGAACAAGGCACUGAGUUCCGUUGGUGCCCAGGAGAUGGCUGGCACCGGCAGGAAAGUGUGCAUCAGCGGGUUUAGUGCCAAGAGAUGGGGCACCCGACAAAAGAAUAAAACCCGAACCCGACAGGAACUCUCUUUCCAAGACUACGAGAUGUCUGCGCACAAAUUCAAGCAGGACGUCACCAAUUCCAGUACACUCUCUUCCUCUGUUCUGUUCUCUUCCUCUUUUCUGACCUCCUCAUUCAUGAACUCCUCUGCAGUCCUAAACCUGAGUCUGUCUCCAGAUGCCCACAGAGACCCCCAUAAAGAGCACCAGCGCUGGCUGCGUCUCCGAGCCGCUCUGUCUCUGCACCGUAAGAAGAAAGUGGAAUCUGCUGUGCUGUCUGAGCGACCAGAACACCAACGUGACCUUCUGACUCCAAGCAGCCUGAACUCCACACUUAUCUCACAACGUUCCUCGCUGUUCCUGCUGUCCCCUCAGCGCUUGUCGGCCUGCGAAGAUAUCAGUGACGCAGACAAAGUAUUCAUGGAGUGCGAUCAGGAUGGGCCCAUUCCCUUCUCUCGCUGCCUGAGCUCAUGUCAGCUUCGCCUCUGUCAGAAGGUGGGGGAAGGGGUGUACGGCGAGGUGUUCAAGACUCAACGAGGGGGGAAACAUGUGGCUCUGAAGGUUAUACCGAUGGAAGGUUGUCAGAAGGUUAAUGGAGAAGAUCAGAAAAGCUUUGCCGAAAUCCUGCCAGAAAUAAUCAUCUCAAAGGAACUUAGCUUGCUAAGUGAAGGUACAGAUAAUAAUACUAGUGGCUUCAUCAAACUUCACUCGGCUCACUGUGUUCAGGGCUCCUAUCCUUCUGAGCUCCUUCAAGCUUGGGACACGUAUGCCGAUGAGAAGGGGUCAGAGAAUGAAAGGCCGGAUUUCUUCAGCCAAAGCCAGCUCUUCAUGAUCUUGGAGUUUGAAUUUGGUGGAAAUGACCUGGAGCGCAUGAGUUCCCAGCUCUCUUCUGUGUCUGUUUCUCGGAGUAUACUCCAUCAGGUCACAGCUGCUCUCGCUAUAGCUGAAGCGGAGCUCAGGUUUGAGCACAGGGACCUACACUGGGGCAAUCUCUUAAUAGAAAAAAGUAAGUCUCAAACCGUGACUGCGCUUCUGGAUGGUGAAAUGAUUAAUAUCCCCACUUCUGGAGUCCAAGUAAAAAUUAUUGAUUACACCCUUUCGCGUCUGGAUAAAGACGGUCUAACCGUGUUCACGGACCUCUCCUCGGAUGACGCUCUCUUCCUUGGCGUGGGAGAUUUGCAGUUUUCUGUCUAUCGAGAUAUGAAACAGGAAAACAAGAACUGCUGGUCCUCGUAUGAUCCUCAUUCCAACAUCCUCUGGCUCCAUUACUUGGCCGAUAAGCUUCUCAGCGCAGUUAAGUACGUCAAAAAACCCACCUCUGUGGCCCACCGCAGGGAGCUGCGCAAGCUCCAGGAUUUCCGCAGAGAAGUUCGGAGGUUUAGCUCCGCUGCCGAGGCUCUGCGCAGAAGCAAACUCUUCGUGUGAUUCACCUCGAGACGUUUCUGGGUGCUGUGAGGAGACUCCAGCGAUCCCGUUUUGUUACUUGGACAUAAAACUACCAAAUGGAACUAAAUCUUAUCUCUCCAUUCAGAUCAAAAAUAAUGAUGUCUGACCCCGAAAAAAAUGUUCAAAACCUUUUGUGAUGAAUCUUGCUGCAGGGUUAGAGGAUUAACAGUGACUACUAACUCACGCCAGCAGCUCCCGGAUGUUCCAGGGACGGCGGCACAUUCAUGCAGUCUCUGGUUACAAUUGUUUUAUUCACCCCGCAAUAUAUUUUACAAUAAAUAAUUUGCUAUAUGGACUCUGGAAA